AACCCAACACAACACCACAAAAGCUCUCUCUUUUUAACCUAUCCUAUUUUCAUCCAAAAUAUAUUUAAUUUAUUUUUCUUAGAUAGUGAUACUUACUUUAUUAUUAUGUCUAUAAGUUUUGUAGCUCUAUCUUAUGGGUUUCCUUGUUUUCAUGAUAAAUUGUCUAUUCAUACAACUCAUAAGUCAUGCCCUCUACUUGUAAGGUAAGACUUUCCCCUUAGAAGAAAAAUCACAAUUAGUUAAGAUAGGUCUUGAAAAAUAGUACCAAUAUCUUUAACCAUAAGUUUCAAGAUAUAGAAGAAAUUCAUUCAUUCACCUUUGUCCUUCAUUUGAAGAAGUUGCAUGGUCCAUCCUUUUGUGGUUUUGAUUUUAGCUUACUCCUAGGUACUUAGAUUUGUUGUCGGAUAUUACCUCCUUAAUUACUCCGAAAUUUUUCAUAGUUGAUAUUUAAUUAUUAUUUUUGUAUAUUUGAUAGAAUGAAGAUGUGAAAUUUUGAUAGAAAAGAGACCAUGUCUUUUGUUAGUUUAUGUGUUACCUUAAGCCUUGUCUUUGGGUUUCUUAUAUUGUUCAUAUUUGCACAAGUUUUCUAUUUUUUAUGGUGGAAAAAGAGAAGAACAAACUUAGAUAUUGAAAUGGAACAAGGUAGUUUUCAAAAGGGGGUGUUUUAUUGGUGGUGUUGGAAGAAAACAUCACGUUCUUUAGAUGUUACAAACGUUAAUAGAGACAUAGAAACCUCAAAUCAUGAACAAGACAUAGAAUUGGGUGUUGAAGGCAAAGAUUUGCUUUUGAAACCGUAUGGUGAAGAAAGUUUGGAAUUGGAAUUGAUGAGGUUGCAUAAUCUCCCUGGUCCACCAAGAUUUCUCUUCACAAUCACAGAAGAAACAAAGGAAGAUUUGGAAUCUGAAGAUGGGAAAUCGAAAUGCGGAAGAAGCCGAAAAGGCUCAAGAACAAAGAGUUUGAGUGAUUUUAUCGAAACCCCUUUCGGUUUAUCUCCUUUGAAGUGUUCUUCGGAUUCUCUUGAUUCUUAUAAGCAUCAAGGGUUUAAUAAUCCUCUUUUCGAAGCCUCCGGUGAAUCGGAGUUCAACCGGUUUAGAUCUUCGCCGCCUCCGAAGUUCAAGUUUUUGAGAGACGCGGAAGAGAAGUUGUAUAGAAGAUUGAUGGAAGAAUCUAGAAGAAAGGAAGUUGAGGAGAAUCAUGAAUAUGAGGUUGAAGAUUCUCCUAAAAGAGAAACAGAAAGGAAACAAAUUCAACAAUGUUUGUCACAGAGUUCUUCUCAGGUUUUUCCUUUAACAUCUUCUCCUACAAUGUUGAAAUCACUUGAAAACUCAUCUAUAGUGCAUUAGAUCUAUAUACAAUUAGGACUUUGAUAACUUUUUUUUUUACCUUAUGUUACAUUAAUUUUAGUAAUGGACCUCUAUUAUGUUUGUUCUUGAAUGAUUGUUAUGGUUAAUAUGCUGCAAAUUUGUUCAUGAUUUGGCAACAAAUUGAAUGCAUAGAGACAUGUUCUUCAAAAUGAUUCUAAAGAUGCUAGUUACUUGUAAUUUUAAAUUGCAAUUGUAACUUAUAACUAAUUAGUUAAUGACUUUUUUUUUUCA